AUGAAAGUCUUCACCCCUGUGCUAGUCUUUCAAAAAAUGCCCUCUGGGAAAGGCAGAGACAAAUUCAGCAUUCAGUGUUUGGAGUGUUUUGGCAAAAACCUCUAUAUAGGGACCAAAGAGGGAGUCGUUGAGUACCUCACUGUAAAUAACACGAGCGCUGAAGAAAGCCUUUCAGUGCGGGAGGUGGGGAAGAGACAGAUGGGCCGAAGCGGAGCAAUCAGCCAGCUGACAGCGGUCCCUGUUCUGAAUCAUCUCUUAGUUCUCUGGGACGGUUCGGUCACGGUGCUUAACAUGUUCUCCCUGGAACUCCUUCCUGCCCUGAAGAAAAUACAGAACGUGUCACUCUUCUAUGUCAGUGAGUCAGUGGUUCAGACUGAUUCUGUCGAGCUCAUUGCAGCUUCGACCAAGAGGAAAACAGUGAGCGUUUAUAAGGUGUGUGUGGACAGAUGGGAGUGUGUGAGACAGGUGGCUCUGCCGCAGGAACCUGUGGUUUUGGCUGCGCAUGGGACGUGUCUGUGUGUGGCCACUUGUGACAGAUAUUUUCUCCAUGAUUAUCAGAGCCAAACCACCCUAGAUCUCUUCCCACAUAACCUGGGAAAGCAAAAUAUCAUUGCCAACAAAUGCGGAAAAGGAGAAUUCAUUUUGAAUGGGCCUGGAUGUUUGGGCAUGUUUGUGAUGAAGAAUGGCACUUCCCAGCAUCCUCCAGUACAGUGGCCUGUUGGAGUGGUGGACGCUGCAGUUCAUUUCCCAUAUGUGCUAGCACUACAGAAUCAGACUGUUCAUAUCUACAGCAUUCUGGACCAGCAGCUGAAGCAAACUGUCCCUUUACAAAGUGCCAAAUCUCUUGUCUCAACAGAAGAAAGUGUUUUUGUUGUCGCUGACAAAGAGAUUCAUCGGCUGUCACCUGUUCCUUUGAAGGAUCAAAUUGAAGACCUGGUUAUGAGUCAGAGAGUUGAUGAAGCCCUGAUGCUGCUGGACAGACUUCAAGAUCUCCUGCCAAAAGAUUCAUACAAGGAUCUACAUAAAAAUGUAAUCUGUACAUCAGGAAUGAUAAAGUUCUAUAGAGAGGCUUUUGUGGAGGCAAAAGAGCUUUUUAUUAAAGGUGAACUAGACCCAAGGGAAAUCAUUAGCCUUUAUCCAGCUAUGCCUGUUAUGAGUGAAGACUUUACACCUCAGACAACAGCAGUGAGCAAUGCCAAGGACCUGUGGACGUUAAGUCGAGAUGAUUGGCCGACAUUUCAACAGUACCUAAUCUUUUUGGAUGACUUCUUGAGAGAAGUCAGGCCAACAGGACAGGGCCAAAUGUGUCCUCAGGACAUCGACUCAGCACUUUUUAAGCUGUAUUUGGAACAAGGUGAAUACGGAAAACUGGACCAGCUUGUGUCGUCACAGAAUAACUGUAACCUCCAAAUGUGUGUGCCUGACUUGGAACAGCACAAAAGGUUUUUCACACUUGGAUUGCUCUAUCAAAGUCAAGGCCAGCAUUUCAAUGCAAUUCAGACCUGGGUUAAAAUUGUGGAAGAGCAGAAUGAGGACCCCUCACACAUCAGCGUAUUCCAGCAUAUAGUUAAUACUCUCUCAAAUCUGGAACAUAAACCCAUCAUCUGGAAAUUUGUAGACUGGGUUCUUCAGAGAGACCAAGAGGCUGGAAUACUGAUCUUUACAAAGACGCAUACAAGCAGCUGUGUUACAUUUGCGCCAGAAGAAGUCCUUACCAUUCUCACCAGCUACCCACUUGCUAUGACUCUCUACUUGGAAUAUUUAGUCAAUGAAUUACACAGCAAGGAAGAAAAGCAUCAUACCAUGCUCAUCACAUCAUAUGUCAAAUGGAUACUGCAGUCAAUCGAGGAUGACUACAACAAUAAAACAAGCAAGGAAGAGAUGAGACAUAAACUUCAGCAUUUACUUUGGCAAUCUCCUUUCUAUAAUGCGGACGCCAUAUAUGACCAAAUAACACCCUCGUUUCUUCAUGUGGAGAGAGCAAUUUUACUUGGGAAGUCUGGCAAACACAAAAAGGCCCUGCAGGUUUUGGUCCACGAAGAAAAAGACCAGCAGGCUGCUGAAAGCUACUGUUUGAGGACCUCUGCUGGACGAGACAGGAAGUUCACACAGGAAAUGUUUCUCUCCCUGCUUCAAAUCUACCUCGAGUCCUGUCAACAUGUUAUCACGGCAGUGGAUCUGCUGAACAAAAAUGCAGCGUCUUUUGAUUUAGUCAGUGUGUUGAGGGUGCUGCCGGACUCCUGGUCUCUUAAACUGAUUCUGCGGUUCCUCUGUGCAUCACUGAGAGGAACAGUGCAUGACAAAAGAAUGAGAGGUCUGGAGAUGAGCCUAGUCAAGGUGGAAACCCUAAGACACAAGCAUGUCUGGAUGGAAGCAACGCAUGAAAAAAUCCGAGUUGACAGGGGAUGUGUUUGCCAUUCAUGCCAGAAACGUCUUACAGGACCCGAGUUCCUGCGCAGGCCGACAGGAGAGCUGACACACAUAUCCUGUCACGGUGGAGAAAGCGGACACUGAACAACAAAGACACUAUUAUUCACACCUAUUCACAGUUUUACUUUACGUGUAUACUCUCAGCAGAUGCUGUUUUACUAGGCUGCCUACAAUAAAGACAGUAAUUACUUGGACAGUAAAGCAAUUACUAGCACAAAUUGCUGAGAAUAGAUGACGCAUGCUAAGACACCAACAAAGCAAGACACAAAUACAAGCAGGAAACCCACAACAACUGCACAUAUACUCCACCACAAUAUAGCGGGGAUGAUAUUGUACAAUUUAAUGCAUACUGGACAAAUGUGAUCCUGGACAACAAAACCAUCAUAAGGGUUCAUUUUUUGAAAUUGAGAUUUACAGUACACAUCAUCUGAAAGCUGAACAAAUAAGCUUUCCAUUGAUGUAUGGUUUGUUAGGAUAGCACAAUAUUUGGCUGAGAGAAAUUACCUUUAAAAAUGUAUAUACAGUAUUAACGGUAGGAAAUGUACAAAAUAUCUUCAUGGAACAGGAUCUUUACUAAAUAUCUAAUUACCUAAUUAUUUUUGGCAUAAAAGGAAAAUCGAUCAUUUUGACCCAUACAAUGUAUUGUUGGCUUUUGCUACAAAUAUACCCGUGCUACUUAUGACUGGUUUUGAGGUCCAGGGUAACAAAUUACAAUAUUCUUAUGCACAUUAAUUUUUUAUUUUUUAUUUUAUUAGAAUAAUGUAUUAUUGUGCAAGAUAUAGAUUCAGAAUUGCAAAAAACUGUUCAGAUUUCUGAGUGUACAUCCCACUUUUUAUUUUCUGUGUUUAUAUUAUACUUUUUUUUCAGCAUUGCAAAAGUCUAAAUUGUUUUUGAAAGAAGUCUCUUAUUUGAUCAAAAAUGACAAAAAAACGUUAAGGUUGUGAAAUAUUAUUACAAUUUAAAAUAACUUAAAAUGGUUCUAUUUUAAUCUAUUUUAAAAUGUAUUCAUUUGAUGGGAAAGUUUAAUUUUCAGCAUCCAGUCCACUUCUCCAGUCUUCUUGUAUGAUCCUUCAGAAAUCAUUGUAAUAUGCUGAUAUGUUAUAAUCAGUUAUGCUGCUUACUAUUUCUGUGGAA